GGCGGGGUCUUUCCGGCCGCCAUGAUGCAGGUUCCGUUCCGCGUGGGCGCCAGUGCUGCGCCGAGAGCGCCGCUUCGGGGAGUUGAGGGGAGCGCGGGCGAAGCCGGAAGCCGGGUCAUGGAUUCAGUGACCUUUGAGGAUGUGGCUAUGAACUUCAGCCAGGAAGAGUGGUCUUUGCUAAAUCCUUCUCAGAAGAAUUUGUAUAUUGAUGUGAUGUUGGAAAUAUGCAGUAACCUCGCUUCUAUGGGAAUCGGAUGGGGAAACCAGACCGUUGAAGACCCAUACAAACAUUGUGAAAGAAAUACAAGGCUCAUCAUAACUCACUCUGGAUACACACAGUACGAGCUUGCAGAAUGUGGAAAGAAGCAGUUUAACUCUAAUUGUCUCACAAGUAUUCAGAGACACAUUGGAACCCAUACCAUAAGUGGACCGUGUGAAUAUGAGGUAUAUUCAAAACCCUUUGGUUUUCCAAGUUUGUAUGGAAUACAUCAGCAAACUCACAGUGGAGAAGAGCUCUAUGAAUAUAAGCAAUGUGGAACAGCCUUUCUAUGUCUUAGUUCUCUUUCCACACAUGGAGGAAGUCAUACUGAAGAAAAGUCUUAUGAAUAUAAACCAUAUAGUAAUAACUCUCUCAGUUCCUUUAGUUACCUUCCAUUUCACAAUGGAACUCAUAAUGGGGAAAAAUGUUAUGAAUGUAAACAAUGUGGUAAAGCCUUCAGGGGACACAGUUCCCUUCAAAGACAUGAAAUAAUUCAUGCUGCGGAAAAACCGUAUGAAUGCAAACAAUGUGGUAAGUCAUUUAUUUAUCCAUAUUUACUUAAAAUGCAUGAAAGGUAUCAUUCUGGAGAGAAACCUUAUAAAUGUAAGAUAUGUAGUAAAGCCUUUCUUUGUUCCUCUUUCCUACAAAGACACAAAAGAACUCAUACAGGAGAAAAACCCUAUAAAUGCAAACAAUGUGCUAAAGCUUUCAGAAGUCUCAGUAAUCUUCGAGUCCAUGAAAGAACUCAUACUGGAGAAAUACCAUAUGAAUGUAAACAAUGUGGUAAGGCUUUGAGAAGUCACAGUUCCCUUCAAAGACAUAAAAUAGCUCAUGCUGGGAAAAAACCCUAUGAAUGUAAACAAUGUGGCAAGUCCUUCAUUUAUCCUUAUUUACUUCAAACCCAUGAAAGGUCUCAUACUGGAGAAAAACCAUACAAAUGUAAGAUAUGUAGUAAAGCCUUUCGUUGUUCCUCUUUCCUGCAAAGGCAUGAAAGAACUCAUACUGGGGAAAAACCAUAUGUCUGUAAACAAUGUGGUAAAACUUUCAGAGGUCACAGUUCCCUUCGAUUGCAUGCAAGAUCUCAUACUGGAGAGAAACCGUAUAAAUGUAAGAUAUGUGGUAAAGCCUUUUUGUGUCCCUCCUUCCUUCGAAGGCAUGAAAGAACGCACACUGGGGAAAAGCCUUAUGAAUGUAAGCAGUGCGGUAAAGCUUUCAGAGGUCAGAGUUCCCUUCAGCUACAUGAAAAAUCUCAUAGUGGGGAAAAACCCUAUAAAUGUAAGCUAUGUAGUAAAGCCUUUUUAUGUCCCUCUUUCCUUCAAAGACAUGAAAGGACUCAUUGUGGAGAGAAACCCUAUGCAUGUAAACAGUGUGGUAAAGACUUCAAAGAUCACAGUUCUUAUCAAAGACAUAAAGUAACUCAUGUUGGGGAAAAACCGUAUGAAUGUAAACAGUGUGGUAAAUCCUUCAUUUAUCCAUGUUUACUUCAAGUCCAUGUAAGAACACACACUGGUGAAAAACCUUAUGAAUGCAAACAAUGUGGUAAAGCCUUUCGAAGUCUCAGUUAUCUUCGCAUACAUGAAGGAAGUCAUACUGAGGAAAAACCCUAUGAAUGUAAAAUAUGUGGUAAAAGUCUCAGUUGUUCCAGUGCCCUUCUGUUACAUAAAAGAACUCAUACUGGAGAAAAGCCCUAUGCAUGUAAACAAUGUGGCAAAGCCUUUAGGGGUUUCAGUUAUCUUCGAGUACAUGAAAGGACUCACACUGAAGAAAAACCCUAUGAAUGUAAACGAUGUGGUAAAACUCUCAGUUGCCCAAGUUCCCUUCAGCUACAUGAAAGAACUCACACUGGAGAAAAACCAUAUGAAUGUAAACAAUGUGGUAAAGCGUUCAGAGGUCUCAGCCGUCUUAGAGUACAUGAAAUAAUUCAUACUGGUGAAAAACCUCAUGAAUGUAAGCAGUGUGGUAAAGCCUUUAGAUAUCACAGUUUACUUCGAGUACAUCAAAGGACUCAUACUAGUGAAAAACCUUAUUCUUGUAAACAAUGCAGUAAAGCCUUCAAAAGUCUCAGUAAUCUUCGGAUCCAUGAAAAAACUCAUAGUGGUUUGUAUGAAUGUAAACAGUGUGGUAAAACUCUCAGUUCUUCCAGUUCUCUUCAGUUACAUGAAAGAGCUCAUACUGGAGAAAAUUCUUACAGAUGUAAACAGUGUGGCAAAGCCUUUAGACGUCUCAGUAAUCUUCAAGUGCAUGAAAAAGCUCAUGCUGAAGGAAAACCCUAUGAAUGUAAACAAUGUGGUAAGUCCUUUGUCUAUCACUAUUUACUUGAAAAGCAUGAAAAGUCUCAUACUGGAGAAAAACCCUAUCAAUGUAAGAUAUGCAGUAAGGCCUUUAUUUGUCCCUCUUUCCUUCAAAGGCAUGAAAAAAUUCAUAGUGGAGAAAAACCCUAUGAAUGUAUACAGUGUGGUAAGAGAUUCAAAGCUAACAGUUCCCUUCAAUUACAUGAAAGAGCCCAUACCAGAGAAAAACAUUAUGAUUGUAAACAGUGUGGUAAAACCUUCAGAUGUCAAAGUCUUCUUCAAGCCCAUGAAAGAACACAUACUGGUGAAAAACCCUAUGAGUGUGAACAAUGUGGUAAAACUUUUAAAAGUGCUGGUUAUCUUCGAAUACAUGAAAAAACUCAUAGUGGUUUUUAUGAGUGCAAGCAGUGUGGUAAAAUUCUCAGUUGUGCAAGUUCCCUUCAGUUACAUGAAAGAACUCAUACUGGAGAAAAACCCUACGAAUGUAAGCAAUGUGGUAAGGCCUUCAGAAGUCAAAGUUCCCUUCGAAGGCAUGAAAGAAUUCAUGCUGGAGAGAAACCCUAUGAGUGUAAGCAGUGUGGCAAGUCCUUUAUUUAUCCAUGUUACCUUCAAAUGCAUGAGAGGUCUCAUACUGGAGAGAAACUCUGCAAAUGUAAUAUAUGUGGUAAAGCCUUUCUUUAUCCCUGUUUCCUUCAAAUGCAUGAAAGGACUCACACUGGUGAAAAACCUUAUGAAUGUAAGCAAUGUGAUAAAGCCUUUCGAAGUCACAGUUCUCUUCAAAUGCAUGAAAAAAUUCACACUGGAGAAAAGCCCUAUGAAUGUAAACAGUGUGGAAAGGCUUUGAUAAGUCAUAGUUCUCUUCAAAGGCAUAAAAUAGCUCAUGCUGGGGGAAAACUCUAUGAAUGUAAACAAUGUGGUAAGUCCUUCAUUUAUCCUUAUUUACUUCAAAUUCAUGAACGAAUUCACACUGGAGAGAAACCCUAUGAAUGUAAAGAUUGUGGAAAAUCCUUCACAUGUCACCGUUCACUUCGAAGACAUGGGAAAAUGCAUGCUGGAGGAAAAACCCUAUGAAUGUAAACAACCUGUAAAAACUUUACAAUUCUCUUCAAAUGUGUGGGGUGCUGGGAUAAAGCUCUAAUGAAUAUAAAACAAAUGGUGAACUUUCAA